AUUCCCCUGUAAGGAAAGGGAGGAGGAAGAGGUUGGUCCCGGGCCGGCAAAGAGCCAAGGAUGCAUGGGGAGGAAAAGCAAAUGAAAGAGUACAUCAAGUGUCCAGAGAAAGUGACAAGUUGCUAGAUGUGAAAGAGAAUAUUGGCAGUCAAGAUAGGAUAAACAAGCUGGAGGGGAAGCCAAGUAAUAAAGAGAGGGAUAUAUGUCUGGAUUCGGACCUCCAUGCAAUGAUGGUAAAACAAAAAACUCCCAAAGAAACGAGAGAGAAGAAUCCCCCUGUGUCUGGUAAAACCAUCGCUUAUAAACCAACUCUAGCUGACCAUGGUACAAGCCAUGCAGCAAAGAAACGAUAUAAAUGCCGUGAGUGUGGGAGGAGAUUCAAGGGAAAUGCUGACCUUCGCACCCAUCAAAAAACGCACAUGGGAGAGAAGCCAUUUGACUGUCUGGAGUGUGGAAAGGCAUUUAGACAGAAGUGGGCACUUGCUGUCCAUCAAAGAAUACACUCUGGGGAGAAACCGUUUGAAUGCUUGGAGUGUGGAAAGAGAUUCCGCCAGAAGGGUGCCCUUCAAGUGCAUGAAAGAAGACACACUGGGGAGAAGCCAUUUAAAUGCCUAGAAUGUGGAAAGGCAUUCUACUCCAAUGGUGACCUUCAAGACCAUCAAAGAACUCACACUGGCGAGAGGCCAUUUAAAUGCCUGGAGUGCGGAAAGAGCUUCAGCUUGAAGAAUGGCCUUACUGCACAUCAAAGAAUCCACACUGGGAAGAAACCAUUUGAAUGUUCGCAGUGUGGGAAGAGCUUCAGGUGGAAGGAAACCCUUGCAAUACAUCAGCGAACUCACACAGACACAGGAGAGAAACCAUUUGAAUGUUCACUGCGUGGAAAGAGAUUCCUUUCCAGGCACAGCAUUGCACAUCAUGAGCUAAUUCACAGAGAAGACAAGCCAUUUAAAUGUCUGGAAUGUGGGAAAAAAUUCAGCAAUAAGCAUGUUCUUGCUAGACAUCAAAGAAUACACACAAGAGAGAAACCAUUUACCUGUCUGGAGUGUGGAAAAGCAUUUAGGGAAAAGGGAACACUUAUUGUCCAUCAAAGAAUACACUCUGGAGUGAAACCAUUUAAAUGCCUGGAGUGUGGAAAGGGAUUCCACUGCAGUAGCGCCCUUCAAGAGCAUCAAAGAAGGCACAGAGGGGAAUCACCAUAUAAAUGCCUGGAGUGCAGAAAGAGCUUCAGUGCGAAGAACAGCCUUGCUUUACAUCAAAGACUACACACAGGAGAGAAACCUUUUGAAUGUUCGCAGUGUGGAAAGAGCUUUAGAUGGAAGGUGAGCCUUGCAAUACAUCAGCGAAUUCACAUGGACACAGAAGAGAAACCAUUUGAAUGUUCACAGUGUGGGAAAAGAUUCUUUUCCAGGCACAGCCUUAGACGUCAUCAGUUAAUUCACAGAGAACAUAACGCAUUCAAAUGUCCAGAGUGUGGAAAGUGUUUCAGCAAUAAGCAUUACCUUCCUGCACAUCAAAGAAUUCACACAGGAGAAAAAACAUUCAUCUGUCUGGAGUGCGGUAAAGCUUUUAGACAAAAGGGGGCACUAACUCUCCAUCAAAGAAUUCACUCGGGAGAGAAACCAUUUAAAUGCUUGGACUGUGGACAGAGCUUCAGGUGGAAGGUGAGCCUUGCAGUACAUCAGCGAAAUCACACAAACACAGGAGAGAAACCAUUUGAAUGUUCACAGUGUGAAAAGAGAUUCUUUUCCAAGAACAGCCUUACACGUCAUCAGAUAAUUCACAAAGAAGACAACCCAUUUAAAUGUCUGGAGUGCGGAAAGAGUUGCAGUGAUAAACAUGACCUUGCAAAACAUCAAAGAAUUCACACAGGAGAGAAGCCAUUUAAAUGUCUGGAGUGUGGAAAAGCAUUUAGUCGGAAGGGGGCACUAACUGUCCAUCAAAGAACACACUCAGGGGAGAAACCAUUUGAGUGCUUGGAGUGUGGAAAGAGAUUCUGCCAGAAGGUGGCCCUUCAACGUCAUCAAAGAACUCACACAGGAGAAAAACCCUUUAAAUGCCUGGAGUGCGGAAAAAGUUUUAGUGACAAGCAUGCCUUUGCUGGGCAUCAAAAAAUUCAUACAGGAGAGAAACCGUUUCAAUGUUUGCAGUGUGGAAAGAGCUUUAGCGAGAGGAGAAGCCUUAGACAUCAUCAGACAACUUGCACAGGGGAGAAGCUUGCCAAGAGAUUCCGCCAGAGGGGUUCUCUGCUAUAUGAUCGAAGUGCUCAAACAGAGACUUCCUUGAAGGAGGAGAAAUCUGAUACCCUUAAUCAUAUCCCUCUUACUGUAAUCCUGGGGCAAGAUGAGUGGUCCUGUGACAGUGACGCCUCCUCUGAGGUUCCCAGCAAACCAUUCAACCCCAUCGUGAGCCCAGCCAUUUUUCCAGAUUCUCCCCCCACUGUCAACGGCACAACAGAGGACAGUUUGCCAUGCAUCCGGUGGGAUGCUCAGAGCCAUGGUGGGAGAGACUACCUGACUCCCAGAGUACCCUUUCUCCCAGGAAAAGCACUUGACUAAGGGCCUGCUCAGGAACAGGGCUCUCCUUAUGAAGCAGACUCCGAUGCAGCUGCGGAACCCGGGUCAGCCAGAAUAAAUGCUCCCAGACGUUUUCUUGGUUCAGAGCUCCAGCAGAGCUAUUUGUCUCCAGUUGGAGGCUGAAGACUGGAGAAACGUAUUUCUGAGACUGGGCCAUAAAUGGAGCUUGAGGAAGAGCAAGGUGCUUACUUUACAUCAAAGAAGCUGCACAGUACAAAUGAUUUAAAUAGUUGCAAAAAGUCACAUCCCCUUUCCCUGCUUUAAUGUACUAAUGGGGGGGGGGGGGCAAAAGGAGAAUAUGGAGUUGUAGGGGACUGAGUGGUAGCCAAGCCCAGGACAUUUUUCUGCCAGAAGCAAAGGACAAGGAGAUUUCUUCCUUCUCUCAGACAAACAUCGACUUAAGAGGCAACAGAACCUUAGUUUAACACUGACACUCAAUGCUCUGUUUUGCAAAGGUUUGGGUGUGGGAAGGUCCUCCUGCCAUGAAUAUCCUUGAAAGGCAUGCAAUUAAAGGUGGGUUUGGCCUUCCAGAUCUUCUUUAUGUCAUCUGGCCUAUUUGUACACAUGUGCUAAAUUUUGGUCUUUUCCACCAGAGGUCAGUUUUGGAAUCCUUUAAUCUGGAUCCUCUCUCUAAAUGGAU